GCGUGCGCUCGUCCGCCCGGCUCCACCGCGCGCAUGCGCCGCGCUCGCUCGCGGGAGAGAAUGGCGGGGCCCGCGCCGGCCGCCAUCAUGGAGGAAGAUUACUUCGGGAGCGCGGCCGAGUGGGGUGACGAGGCGGACGGCGGCCAGCAAGAGGAUGAUUCAGGAGAAGGCGAGGAUGACGCCGAGGUCCAGCAAGAAUGCCUGAAUAAAUUUUCUACCCGGGAUUACAUCAUGGAACCCUCCAUCUUCAACACUCUGAAGAGGUAUUUUCAGGCAGGAGGGUCUCCAGAGAAUGUCAUCCAGCUCUUAUCCGAGAACUACACUGCUGUGGCCCAGACUGUGAACCUGCUGGCCGAGUGGCUCAUUCAGACAGGUGUUGAGCCAGUGCAGGUUCAGGAAACUGUGGAAAAUCACUUGAAGAGUUUAUUGAUCAAACAUUUUGACCCCCGCAAAGCAGAUUCUAUUUUUACCGAAGAGGGAGAGACCCCAGCUUGGCUUGAACAAAUGAUCGCACAUACCACAUGGAGAGAUCUUUUUUACAAACUGGCUGAAGCCCAUCCAGACUGUUUGAUGCUUAACUUUACUGUUAAGCUGAUUUCUGAUGCAGGGUACCAAGGGGAGAUAACCAGUGUGUCCACGGCGUGCCAGCAGCUAGAAGUAUUCUCUAGAGUACUUCGUACUUCUCUAGCUACAAUUUUAGAUGGAGGAGAAGAAAACCUGGAAAAAAAUCUCCCUGAGUUUGCCAAGAUGGUGUGUCACGGGGAGCACACGUACCUGUUUGCCCAGGCCAUGAUGUCCGUGCUGGCGCAGGAGGAGCAGGGGGGCUCGGCCGUGCGCAGGAUCGCUCAGGAAGUGCAGCGCUUCGCCCAGGAGAAAGGCCACGAUGCCAGUCAGAUCACACUAGCCUUAGGCACAGCUGCUUCCUACCCCCGGGCCUGCCAGGCCCUUGGGGCCAUGUUGUCCAAAGGAGCCCUGAACCCUGCCGACAUCACCGUCCUGUUCAAGAUGUUCACAAGCAUGGACCCUCCUCCUGUGGAACUGAUCCGGGUGCCGGCCUUCCUAGACCUGUUCAUGCAGUCACUCUUUAAGCCAGGGGCCAGGAUCAACCAGGACCACAAGCACAAAUAUAUCCACAUCUUGGCUUAUGCGGCAAGUGUGGUUGAGACCUGGAAGAAGAACAAGCGAGUGAGCAUCAAUAAAGAUGAGCUGAAGUCAACAUCAAAAGCUGUUGAAACUGUUCACAAUUUGUGUUGCAAUGAGAACAAAGGGGCCUCUGAACUGGUGGCAGAACUGAGCACCCUUUACCAGUGUAUCAGGUUUCCCGUGGUAGCAAUGGGUGUGCUGAAAUGGGUGGAUUGGACUGUAUCGGAACCAAGGUACUUUCAGCUCCAGACGGACCACACGCCGGUACACCUGGCGUUGCUGGAUGAGAUCAGCACCUGCCACCAGCUCCUGCACCCCCAGGUCCUGCAGCUGCUUGUUAAACUUUUUGAGACUGAGCACUCCCAGCUGGACGUGAUGGAGCAGCUUGAGUUGAAGAAGACCCUGCUGGACAGGAUGGUUCACCUUCUGAGUCGAGGUUAUGUACUUCCUGUUGUCAGUUACAUCCGAAAGUGUCUGGAGAAGCUGGACACUGACAUUUCACUCAUUCGCUAUUUUGUCACUGAGGUGCUGGACGUCAUCGCCCCUCCGUACACCUCUGACUUUGUGCAGCUUUUCCUCCCCAUCCUGGAAAAUGACAGCAUCGCAGGCACCAUUAAAACAGAAGGUGAACACGACCCCGUGACAGAAUUUAUAGCUCACUGCAAAUCUAACUUCAUCAUGGUGAACUAAUUUGGAGCAUCCUGCAGAGCUGAAGCAGAACAUUCCAGGAGACCAGUUGUGGAAAAACCCUUUCAAGAAGCUGUUGUUUUAAGAGACUCAGUCAGCAUCUUAGAAAUGGGCUUUGCUGGGAGGAGGCGGGUAACUGUUUUAAAAAGGAAAAUUUUAGCAGCGUAAGGGGAAAACUGCUGAUAUGAACAGCCCCUUCUCUUCAUUGUAACCCCAGUACUGUCCCUGAGUCCUGUUCACAGGACGGGAACCAGGCGCGCGUUACCUCUCAGGGGAACCCGGCGGGCAGCCCAGGGAUGGUGGGAUUCAGAAACUGAGAUUUCCGGUGAACCACUUUCAAAGUUGACCUGAGUUUUCUCCCAAGAAUCCAAGUAGUUAGUUGAUGUUUUAUUGUAAUUAUUUUAAUUUGCUAAGAACAAAUAAUAAAUUUUUUAAAAGCCUU